AUGAAAACGACUGCUUUUGGUUCUGAACAUGAUCUUGGCGAACGAGAUGCUCUUUAUUGCAGGGUAAAAACGACGCAAACAAGUUACAAGCUCACUUACCCACUUUAUAACGGUGCUGGUGAGCGUGAGGGUGAGGGUGUGGAGGGUGAGGGUGAGGGUGUGGAAAUCACCGCGGUAGUAAAUGCAUCUCUAAAUCCAGCAGACAUUCCUGAACGCACGACCCCUCCUCCAGUUACGCAACCAGCAACACAGACCUUUGGCACAUUGGCGUCAUAUCCACCAUUUACUCACGCAACUGUACCAGAAGUUAUUUCACCACCAUCACCACCAAGCAGUCGACAGUCGCAAUACAAGCAGCAAGGGUCUCGCCGACCAGCAAUCUUACGUAAAAUCCGUCAGACAAUUGGAAGCUUAGAAGAAAUUCCAAUAUUUCCUGCCGCCAAACGACCUCGUACCGGCACACCACAUCCGACCUCGCCACCACUAUCCCACCGGCACUUCGCACCCAUAGUCGCAUCAUCGCCAAUGGUAUCAAAACUAUUAGUUCCACUAAUGCCAAGAGUCGUCACAAGUACAUCACCACCACGCCUUAAUACUCAAUCCACAAUCACACUGGCGCCCGCAACGGCUCUCCCGCCACGCACGACUAGCAAUGCCUCACAAGCAGUAUCAACCAGCAUCGCCCCUUUAGUACCACAGCCACUGGUACCGGUACAACGGCAGCAAUCGCAGGCAACCAUAGAGCAAGUCCAUAAGCCACCAGUGUGGAUGAUGCCAGUAAAAAGCUGGAAAUCAUCGUCGUCAAUUCAACAAACCUCAGGAACGUAUAACGGCAAAAAGCAACGGUUUCAAAAUGGCACCACAUCAAAUUUCAACUCAUACACAAAUAUUACCAGCUACAUUCCACCACCACCACCCACUAUCCCGCCACGUCUACCCAAAACCAAUGCACCACGGCCAACUGCAGUACCACUCAUGCAACUGGACUUAAAAGCGCGUCGAACGCAGCAACGAGCUCAGCAACAAAGUAGGUACGUAGCUACAAAUAAUAGAUUCAAUUUCUUUUUAGAUAGGCAGCAUGACCCAUAUUAUGCAACACCGCCAACAGCAGAUGCCGAGCAACAGAAUUAUAUGGCUCCCCUACCUCCACCACGAUAUACGACCGUAACCGCAAAACCAAAAAAACCAUACGCAAAACCAUACGCACAACCAAAGAAUGUACAACAACAUGCAGCUCCACCACCGAUUGAUUUAGUUGACGAACCGCGGCAACAAGGUUAUCCAGCACAGCGAUACCAACAACGAGAUACGGCAACAGCAAUGACAAAUAAACCGAACCACGUCAUUUUAUCAGAUUCAACAAUGUCCCGUUUUCGGCUGUCUCAAUUUAACAACAACACAAUCACCAGUGGUCAACUCCGCUACCUCCUAGCCCAGGCUGAAAGCGUCACACUUGUUAUCGGCACAAAUGACAUUGCAUGGAAUGUCGCCAGCACCGUUAUAAAAUAUCCUGAUUGUCCUAAAUGCCUUAAAUAUCCUAAAUACCCUAAAUAUCCUAAUCAUCCUAGAUAUCCUGGAUAUUUGGGGUAUUUGAGACAAUCAGAAUAUCUAGGACAUUUAGGAUAUUUAGGGUAUUUAGGAUAUUUAGGGUAUUUAAGACAAUCAGGAUAUCUAGGACAAUUAGGACAAUCUAAUAAUUAG